AUGGAUCCGAUUCAUACCCCGUCAACACAGAGUGCAGGGUCGGAGCAAGACAAUCUUCAGCGAUACAUUGCCAUCGGCUGUCUUCACUUCAGUCGUAAAUUACCUUCGUCCUCUACUUCCAUUAGCAAAGAAAACUGGCAGGAGCUGUUGCACUCGGACCUUUCACCGGAAGCGCAACUAGUCAUUGGGGACGAAGCUGAGCGGCUCUUGAACGGACACUGGAUCCGACUAUUCGUUCGACAAAAUGAACCUGGCAGUCAUGGCAGCAUAUUACGCAUCUAUUUGCUACCAGAAGACUGGCGUCAUCGACCUAUUGAUCGUAACUGUAGAAGUUUGAAGACGGCUUUACGGCAGCUACUCCAGCAAGUGGACACAUCCGAACAGUGCUGGAACGGCUAUCCCUCAGCGUCUGCAGUAUCACGCUUCGACUUAUGGGCUAACGCCGAACCUCAUUCUCUCUAUUAUCUAUUCAAUAAGCUGCCAUCAGCAAACCCAGUGCCAGAAAAUGUCAAGAAUCGAUAUGCUCGCGCAGCAAUACACGACUUGUUGAAAUCUUCGGCAGAUUCGCCUUGGGAGAUGCACGGGGAACAACCCCUUCCUGGACUUAAAACAAGACUAUUCCCCUAUCAAGCGCGAUCUGCAAGUCUGAUGGUGCAACGAGAGACCUCACCUCAACUCCAACUCGACCCGAGAUUAGAAAUUCGGUCGUCUCCAGACGGACAAAAGUUUUACUAUGGCGCUCGAGAUGGAUCCUUCCUGCAAGCACCUAAGUAUUAUGAGACAACCCGAGGUGGUAUUCUCGCAGAGACCAUGGGCCUGGGCAAAACCAUCAUCUGCCUGGCGGUCAUCCUGGCCACGAAAGGUCACCAUCCGCAGAUACCAGCUGCCUACCAUCCUCUUAACCCUAUUCGCGGCAGCGUUGGCACUUUAUUAGACAUGACGGCUUCUACUGCGAGACGAUUCUCCAUACCAGUGAACGCUUACUUAGAUCAAUCUGAGGCAAAUGGAAUUGGAAUCUCGCCUGGCUUGAGGGAUGCACUGGAACGCAACCUUCCGACGUAUGAAAUACCGAGCGAGCCACAAAGAAGAAACCGGAAUACCGUUUUACCUCCGCGUCAACUAGCGACUUGCUCUGGGACAAUCAUCGUUGUACCGCGCAACCUGUUGCACCAGUGGCAAGCAGAAAUCCGAAAGCAUGUGCUUGAAGGUGGCCUACGGGUUCUCGUCGUCGACACAGCACCCAGAGGCCGCAGCAAAAGCAAGAGACCCACCAAAUACGACGGUGACAUAGACCUUGACAGUGAACUGCCUAUCCCCUCUGAGCUUUUGAAGUACGACAUCAUACUCUUUAGUCGCAAUCGGUUUGAGCAGGAGAUACAAGAUGGAGCAGAUGACAGAGACCGACGGGCUCCUGACGCUGCCUGUCAGCCAUGCUCUUGCUCAUAUAUUGGCACCACCCAUAUUCGCAACUGCAAUUUUUUGAAUGACCACAGGGUGUAUGAAUCGCCUUUGAAGAAACUGCAUUGGCUACGGAUCAUCGUGGAUGAAGGCCACAAUUUCUCUAGCUCUGUCACCAAUGCAGUAGUAGUUGCGAAGCAAAUCCCAGCGGAAAGGCGUUGGGUUGUGUCUGGAACACCAGCAAGAAAUUUGGUAGGUGUAGAGGUGGAAUCAUCAGCUCCAGACACCGAAAUUGAUAGUCUUACCUCGCUGCGAGCAUCGGUCAUCGAGCGAAGGAAGGCUUUCGUAUACGACGAUGAAACAAGCAAGGCCACAAAAGCACUAGGUUCGUUAGCAUCCCACUUCCUCACAGUACGACCUUGGAGCGACAGCAAGGACUGGGACGAAUAUGUGUACAGACAUGAGCACCACCAGCGGAAGACUUACACCAGUUUCUCCUCAUGUUUCGUCCGCACGCUGGAGAAUCUUGUGAUCAAGACACGGCCAGAAGAUGUUGAGCAAAACAUCGUUCUUCCCCCGAUACGGCACCAGGUUGUGUACCUCAAACCGUGCUGGUUCGAUAAGAUGACUGCCAACUUAUUUAUCCAAGUUCUCCGGGCAAACGCAAUCACCAGUGAGCGAACUGAUGUGGAUUUCCUUUUCCACAAAAACAGUACGAAAGCUCGGCAAAGUUUGAUGAGAAAUCUCCGUCAGUCAAACUUUACUUGGACGGGUUUCAGCCUGGCGGAUGUCAUUGCGACUGUGGAGACAAGCGAAAAGUACCUCGAAAAAGAAAAUAAGAAGUGUUCGAGAGAAGACGAGAUUUCAAUGAGGGAGAGUUGUAGGAUUGUGUCAAGACUCAAACAUUCAGAGGCAUGGAAGGCUCUUAGUCAAGCACAUGAGGUGGGGUUGGCCAUAGAAAGCUGGCCUGAAGAGUCAGAAGAGAGCUUUGCGCUUACAUAUCCAGCGAAACCUACUAUGAUAGGUCUUGCGCAACUUCUCGAUGGGCAAACGCACGUGGACGGAAAUAUACACGCACAAGAUCCCAGCGAGGGCCUUGUCACUGUUGGACAGGCCGCGAAAGCAAGGAUAGCCGCCCCAGAAGAACCGGGAAAAACAAGCAUUAAACUUGUGCUGCAUCAAAAGGCCGUAUCUUCCACCCGUGAAGGUGAACAGCCGCCAGAAGUGAGGCGCGAGGUGAUCACGAACAUGACGGCGCCAGCUACUCGCAUGCUAGGUGCCAGCACAGCCCAUAGCUCUCCAGCCGUGACGUCUUGGGUAUCCCCUCCGCGUCCAAAAAAGCGCAAAUUGACUCUGGCAAACGAAAGAGCGACUCUAGCUGCAGAUUCCCCUCUUAAAGAAACCAAGAUCAUGGGUACUACAUCAGCAAAGCUAACGUACCUCCUCGACAAGAUUGUGAAGCAUCAGAGCGAGGAGAAGAUCAUCGUCUUCUACGACGGAGACAAUGCCGCCUAUUACAUUGCUCAAGGCCUGGAAGUACUCCAUAUCAAUCACCGCAUCUAUGCCCGUACACUUGAAAACACGAAACGAUCUGAAUAUGUCAGAUUAUUCAACGAGGACCCCACUGUGCGCGUGCUUCUCAUCGACGUCGCGUGUGGUGCUCUUGGCCUGAACUUGAAUGUUGCCAGUGUUGUGCUGAUAGUCAAUCCUAUCAAUCGCCCAUUCCUGGAGGCUCAGGCCAUCAAACGAGCUCAUCGUAUAGGGCAAACCAGAGAGGUGCUAGUCGAGACCUUGGUACUUGAAAACACCAUCGAACAUGCGAUUUUCGAUCGGGCCAAGAAGAUGUCGCGAACUGACCACGAGGUAGCGAAGGAAUUGGAGGAUGAUGAGAGUAUCACGGAAAUUAUUCAGAAGGCGCAGGUUUUGCCUGUAGAUUGUGACGAAGGCAAUGGCAUUGCCAGCUUCGCACUACUUGAGGCACCACAGCAAGUCUUCGGUCGCCCAGACCGACACAAGUUUCAUCGCUAUGGCCAGAAAGACUUCUUGAAGGCUGAGAGAUUACCAAAAAGAAGGAAAACCCAACCUCGCGCCAAAGCACCUCGGAGCCAAGGCAAUGGCGAUUUCUAUGAACAGAAGCUUUUGUCACACAUGUCCGACAUUGCUGGUCAUAGCGAUGCACUCGUCGAGGAUGCAUCUACAUGCGGUCAGGUUGCCAGCCUAUUUGGUAAUGGCUAA